AUGUCUGUCCCCCUAAGAGAUGGUUUUGCCAACAAGUCCCUCGAUGAAGUUUUAGAGGAUCUUUUGGCCAGGUUUGUUAUAAACUGUCCUCCUGAAGACUUGUCCUCUUCCGAACGUGUUUUUUUUCAAAUCGAAGAAGCCCAAUGGUUCUACACCGAUUUUCUUCGUGCUAUAAAUCCAAACCUACCUGCCUUGAAUAUGAAAGGUUUUUCCACAAAAAUUAUUGAAAAAUGCCCCACAAUCUGGAAAUGGACUGACCAGUACGACCCCAGCUCAGCCUUAUCCAUCUUUGGUAAAUACAAGUCCACCAUACCCGUCAGGGGCACUGCUUUAUUUAACGCCAAUUUGGACAAAAUCCUCUUGGUUCAAGGCAUCGAGUCUAAUUCCUGGAGUUUUCCCAGAGGAAAAAUCUCCAAGGACGAAUCUGACACCAAAUGUGCAAUUCGUGAAACUUUGGAAGAAACCGGUUUUGACGUUUCUAAUUAUUUAAUCGAAUCUGAUUUUAUUGAAAGAACCAUAAAGGGAAAGAACUACAAAAUCUAUUUGAUCAAAAAUAUUCCUGAAAAUGCUUCUUUUAUACCAAAAGUCAGAAACGAAAUUAAAGACAUCAAAUGGAAAAAAAUUGACUUGCUU